AUGUCUCCGAAAAUACAGCGCAUUGUAGGAGUUCUGGAUGAGUGCAUCUAUUCGAUGGAGCUGGUGGCCCUGCUGCCCUCUGAAGAAACGCGCCUCCAGAGCCUCUCUCAGAAACUCAGACCAGAAAUGACCAGCGCCCUCGCCGAGGACCUGCGUCUGGGGAAGGAAUACGAGACCCUGAGCCUGGACCCUGAAGCUGAAGGUCAGGAAGCAGCUGCUGAAGCAGUGCAGACCUCAUUUUUGAACGUUUCACGGCUGCUGAGAUCCUGUCCUUCUUCUGCGGAGGUGGUGCUUAAAGAUAGUGAGCCUUUGAAAGAAGAUCGAAAAGGUGUUCAGGAGAUGUUAGAAUGGCUAAAGGACUACAGAUCCUUCCUGCUACAACAGCUAUACAUGACACCUAGAGAGGAGAGGCUACACCUCCAGCAAAUGCGAGAAGCACCUCUGCGUUACGAAAGCAACCAAGAGGCGCUCGCCGCUCUGGAGAGGGAAAUGGCUGCGACGAUAGAGGCCAUGGAUAAAGAGAUCAGUUGGUUGAGCAAAGUGAUUGAUUGGCUGAAGAGAUCUAUGGACAGGAUAGAGAAACGCGCCGAAGAUUUCGUUGCGCAGAAGAAGAAUAACGCUGAGCGUCGCAACGAAUCACUUCAGAAAACCUCACAGCUGAAACAGGCGCAAAUCCUGGAGGAAAUCAGUCAGCUUGAGCUUCAACUUGAAAGCCUCAUCAAACGCGGCCUAGAAGAUGAGCGGGAGCAACGCAAGCGAUGCACAAAGUUAAGGGGUAUGGUGGAAGACUGGAUCGACGUUUACGAUACAGAAAUAGAACAAAAACAGACAGAGCUGGAGGAAACAACCCAGCUUUAUGAGAUGGAGAUGGCUGAGCUCAGUGAUCUGCAGAAAUAUCAUGCAGUUCGGGAGGUGGAAUACUUACAGGUCGUGGAGAGACGCAGGAUAGAAAAGGAACUAAGGGAGAAGGAGGAGAGAGAAAGGGGGCUGCGGAUUCGUGCCGCAGCCGUUAUCCUCCAGUCCUUCUGGAAAGGGUGGCGCGUCCGCAAAGCCAUGAAGGAGAAAAGCAAGAAGAGCACAGAAAAGAAAAAAGGAAAAGGAAAAGGGAAGAAAGGAAAAGGGAAGAAAGGAAAAUGA